AUGCUCCCGAUGGCCCUUCGUCUGAUUGGUUUGAGUGUUGUGUUUUUCAUCAGCAGAAGCUCGGCCACACCUCUACCUUUUUACAGUUCUCUAGAGGGAAGUACAGAUGAGGAAGAACUCAGUAACAUAACUUCCUUUCUGCCCACCAGCAAUGUUUCCUCUGAGUACCAAACCACACCUGUUGGCCCCACACACGUGGAAAGUGACUUUCUAAGUCAAGUUGUGAACUUUCUGCAGGAGAACAUGCUCCUUAUCCUUGUUGCAGGCACUUUCAUCCUCCUUGUCUUCCUUAUUAUCUGUGGGGCAAUUUUCAUGAGCCGCAGGCGCAAAGUCAAUGCCUACUACCCUUCCUCCUUCCCCUCGAAAAUGUAUGUGGACCACAGGGACAAAACCGGAGGUGCUAAACCCUUUAAUGAAGUGCCAGAAAAACCUGCUCCUGAGCAGAAAAGUGAAACAGUGGACUCUCACAAACAGCUCCAGGCAGACAUUAUGAGGGCAGCCAAGAGUCUGCGCACACCAAAUAAAUCUGUUGAUGCUGCAGAGGGAGGUGGCUCCAGUCAGAAAGUAGCAGACCACAGUCCCGAGGACAGCUCUAAACCAGAUGGCAGCAUCCUGGACCAGCAGCUACCAAGUCUCCCCGAGGAAAAGGAGUUGUGUGAGCUCUCUGAAAGUGAAGCAGCUGCAUCGGCAGGCAGCCCUCAGCUGAAUGCUCCAGAGGAUCCAGAGGAAGACGAUUCACGGGAGCCUCUGACUGGUAGGAGUCUGCGGCCCUCCUCUCUGCAUAUUCACAAUGACUCUGCUACACUUCAGCUGAUUGCAGGAGAGAAAACUGCCUUCUAACUAUUCUGAACAGUGACCUGAAUGUAUAUUUUUUAUGCUUUGAAUUCAUGAGUGACAAUUUGUCCAGUAAACCUUUUAAAAAAUGUCUAUAAGGGAAAAGCAGGAAAAAGUUGCUAAAUGACAAUCAUGUGGGGGUUUUUUUUUGCAAUAUUUUAUGUUUAUAUUCAGUGCAGGAAAGAUACGUAUAACAGCCUGUUGCUUUGCACUGACUGGAUAUAUUAUUCAUGCCAUAUAACAUUAACAUCUGGUACAAAACAAAUGUAUUUUUAUGAGGUGAUUUCUGUGUCGUUCAAAGAGAUCUCACUUAGUGUGCGCGUAAGAACCACUUCAGUAAACAUUGUGAUAUGUUCUUGUACUUUGUAUUUCUGUGCAAAACAGUGAGUGUUGACAAUGUUUUACAGAUCAGUAUUUGAAUAUUUAAGAUUAGUCAAGUAUAGAAAACAAGAGAUCAUUGCAAACGUUUUGGCAUUAUAGCAGGAACUGCAAAGGUGUAAUCGAUAGCAUUUAUGAUUACAUUUCAUUUAGGUGAACCAGUUCAGUUCAGUUCAGUUCAGUUUAGUUUAUGAAAUAUUCAGGCUGCUCAAAGUAAUAAACUGCACUCAAAACACA